CAGAUACAGACAACAUGUUUUUACUCUUUUAUACAGUAAUAUUUGACUACAAAGCUAAACACUUGUUUGUUAUUGCUAGGUUAUGAAUUGUUUAAAUGAUUAGAGCUAAUUUUAUAAACAAGUUUCCUAUAAAGUACCAGUUUUCUGACAUUUACGCUGAAAAAUAAGCCCGGAAGUCAGUUAACAGACUGUAAACACAUGGCUCCUGUUCGUUUCUGAGGUUUAAUGAUGCCAAAAGUCUUCGAUAUAACGUGUCCGGGAGGAUGUACGACUCUUCCCGAAGGCUUCUGGUCAGCCGUGGACGUGUGGGUAAAGAAACCUCACGUUGUAAACAAGCGUCUGUGCGGAGUGAAAGAAACAGAGAGUGAAGAUGUGGACUCACAGGCUCUAAGGUUCCUGCUGCAUGAUCCUGUUUCUGAACUCUCACAUGAUGUGCUGACCUUCCUGACCUGCAGGGUUUCACCUGAGGAGACACACUGCAGGGAAAAACCUUGGUCCUUUAGUGUCAGGACAUUUAUUCCCAAAGUAAACUGCUAUGGGACUAUCAUGCAUAAAGAGGUUGUACUUAAAGACUUUGGCAGACAACAAGUGACCUUUCUUCCAUUUGAAGAGGAUGGAGAAGGGCAGGUGUCUCUUAAGAAGGGCAACAUUUAUCAGAUCCAACUACUCCAUCAUGACUGUGAGGAAUGGUCCUUGGAGCUACACGUCCUGACUCCAGAUGUGUGGUUCUCUGAUGGUGUAGCUUACCCGAAGCUGCCAUGGCUGUCCACAGAUCUUCUGCCUAAACUGGUGCGCUGGUCCACCGAUUGCAAGACCAGCGAGUUCAAGAGCACUUUGUCUCUGCUGCCGGUGGAGAAGUACAGUCUCAUGUACCAGCAGCUGAAGGAGAAGUACAAGGCGAUGGUCAAGGUUUGGCCUGAGGUGACGGAUCCUGAGAAGUUUGUCUAUGAGGAUGUUGCCAUUGCCACAUAUCUCUUGGUGCUGUGGUCCGAGGAGCGAGCAGAGAAAGGUCUGACAGACAGACAGUCCUUUGUGGACCUGGGCUGUGGAAACGGCCUCCUGGUUCACAUUCUGACCAACGAAGGGCACCCUGGAAAGGGCAUCGACGUUCGGAAAAGGAAGAUCUGGGAUAUGUACGGCCCCCAGACUCUACUGGAGGAAAAGGCAAUUACUCCCAGUGAGAGCUUCUUAUUCCCGGGUACGGACUGGCUGAUUGGGAACCACUCGGACGAGCUCACACCGUGGAUCCCCGUUAUAGCAGCCAGGUCAUCUUACUCCUGUCGAUACUUCGUCCUACCCUGCUGUUUCUUCGACUUCUAUGGAAAAUACCAGAGACGGCAGUGUAAGAAGUCUCAGUAUAAGGAAUACAUCGACUUCAUCGCUGAGGUCAGCCAAGUCAGCGGCUUCAACACAGAAGAGGACUGCCUGAGAAUACCGUCCACCAAACGGGUGUGUCUAGUAGGAAAGUCGAGAAGCUACCAGGUGUUUGACGAGGCCCAGGCAGAGCACAGAAGAGGUUGUUACAUUCAGAGCCGCCAGACCACCUCAGGGUUAACAGUUCAAAGGUCAGACAUCAGAAAUGGCAGAGACUGUUGUCAUGGGACUGCAGAAGCUGAAAAGACCCCCGGGACCUGCUGGGGAGCCGGGUUCCAGCCCCGAGACAGGGUUGAAGUGGUUCGAAACUGCGCUUCUCUCCCCCGGGACUUUGUUGACGGCGUCGUCCUACAGGUUGCUAAUGUCCUCCUGAGAAUGACUGUGGAUGACGGCAGGGACCCCACCGUCUGGAACCAAGGAGGCAGCCUUUCUGUGGGUGAGGUCGCCGUGCUAUUGGAGCACGAGACCCUGCAGCUCCUGAAGAAGGAGUGCGGAGGCCUUCAGACACUUCUCAAAAACAACCAUCAAGUGUUUAGAGUGGAAGGAGGGAGGGUGUAUAUAAGAGACUGGCGGGACAGGAAGUCCUCCAGAGCAGAUGCCAAAAGGAAGCCUGUUUCCCCUGGUGCGCUAAAAACCCGACCCUGCUGGUUUCAUGACCACCACCCUCAGGGCUGCCCGCUGCAGGCCGAACACUGCGCCUUCGCUCACGGACCUGAAGACCUCCGACCCUCAACCAGACCUCUGAAGAAGAUCAAGAACGAUGCGAUUUGAUUUGGACUUCUCA